AUGAACGGGUUCAGGGCGAACACAAAUAGCAAGAAAUGGAAGUAUUUCAAUAAUAGAAGAAACACAACUAGGAAUGAUAAGAAUGGGAGGUUCAGAGGGAACAAUGAGAAUUCCAAGAGAAAGGAAACAAAAAAUGUUGAAGAAAUUGUGGAAUACUUAAAUAACAUUUCAUAUAUUUUGAAUGAAAAAUAUGAGAAAUAUUUUGUUUACGAAUUGAAAGAAGAGAAUUUAAAAAAAGGAAAUAAAUGUUUUGGUGCCAUAAAUUUGAAUUACUCUUACAAUUUGGAGGAUGAUAUAUGUAUUUUAAUAAAAAUAAAAGACGAAAUAGAAAAUAAUGAAAAGGAAUUAAUAAAUCAGAGAAAGUGUUCGAAGAUAAUGGAAAAGAUAAUAUAUUAUUGUUUCUUUUUAUUAAAAUGUAAUGAAAAAGAUAUGAAAAAUAAUGAAAUAAGCGCAAGAGGUAAUGAAAUAAGCACAAGAAGUAAUGAAAUAAGCACAAGAAGUAAUGAAAUAAGUAUUCAGUGUUUAGAAAUUUAUAACCACUUUCUGCAUGUUGUUUGCUCUGAUUAUCUACAUCUAGCAACGUCUAGUUAUGGGUCUCAUUUUGUGCAAACAGUUAUAUGUGUAUACACUUUUUUUAAAAAAUUUGAAGAGAAAUAUAUAGAUGAAAUGAAAAAUAGAAAUAGGAACUAUCAAGAGAUGUGCAUAUAUUUUAAAGAAAUUUGUAAUGUCACAACAGAGAAUAUCUUUCCCUUAAUGUUACAUAAAUCAGGUACACAUGUGCUAAGAUCAUUUAUGUAUUCUUUAUGUGGCUAUCUAAAUAUUAGUAUAUCCAAUAUAUCAUUUAGAAAAUCUAAAAUUAGAAGUACGAACACUAGAACAGAAUUGAAGUAUAUGGAUAAAGGGUAUGCUGGAAACUGUCGAAGCAACACAUCUGGUGAUAAUGCCAUGUUAUAUGAGUAUAUGAACAUAAUUGUUCAAAAGGUAACAGAGGAAAUAGUAAACCCGAGGGUAUCUCUAUCCGCAAAAAAUUUACUCUAUCAGUAUGUGUUUUAUGAUGAAAUGGAGAUUAGCCAUGCAGGUGAUGGCAGCGGAGGAAGUGAUGCAAACGGGAGAAGUGAUGGCAACGGAAGAAGUGAUGCACAUGACGUGUGCAAGGACAGUAGUCAUAACGAAAAGGAGAGGAAAACAUUUGGAGAGAACAAAUAUAUUAUGGAAAGUUUGAGUCAGCAUUUGAUCCCUCCACUGCUGUAUAACACAUAUUCUGUUCCUGCAUUAGGAACGCUGUUUGAGCUUUUGAGGGAGAAAAAUAUAGAAUGCAAUAAAUUAUUAAGUGAAAUAUUAUUAAUAGAUAAAACGAAAAAAUAUUUUAUUAACCAAGCACGGGAGAAUUGUAAAUGUUAUGAGGAAAGUCCACUAAAACAGAUGUUAAGUAUUUUGAUUAAGUUAGAUGGUCCAAGUAUAAUGAUUGAAAAGAUGCUUAAAAUGAAUAGUGAACCCAUUUUUUAUGUUUUUAAUGUUUAUAUAUUGAAAAAUAUAAAUAGUUUAGUAUGUGAUAAUGCAUACUCCAAUUUGGUUAUGAAUAAUUACCUCACUCUGGAAUAUAUUACUGAAGAGAUGUUUGACUUGUUAAUAAAAAAUAUAGACAUUGAUAUGAUAAUUCGUAGGAAAAAAUUCAAUGUGUUGCGGGGAUUAUUCGACUUGUCUCAGUUUUACAAGAGAAAUUGUAAGUUGUUAUUGAACAAGUUGCUACGAUGGUUGCAAGUUGAUGGAACUGCAAUUGGUAGCACUUCUGGUGCGACAAAUUCGGGAUGGAAAUUUCUUUGGAUAUGCAUCUUGUGCAUGCGAAGGCACGAAGAUCUUCAUCCCAUUCUUCGAGACAUGUUCAAUGAGGAGAGAAAAAAAUUGUCAAUUGAAGAGCAUCAAAUUGACAAAUCCAACUUAAACAAUUAUAAUUUUUAUGAUUACAUAAAAAUAGAUACAAAUGGAUAUUACAUUAUGACACACAUUUUGUCUUUUCCUAGAGAUUCCAUUACUCCUGUAACAAAUUCGUUUAAGCAAUUUUGUAAUUUUUUAAAAAUUGUGAAUACCAAUAGAGCUAGUGAAAAGGAUAUUGAAAAGUAUAAUAAUUUUGUUCAAAUGUUUACAGAAACUCAUGAUGGGGGAGGAGAGGGGAGGGGUGGGGCUGACAAUCCAACUCAGGAAGAGGGAGAAAAAGAUGUAAAUACUGAAAGUAAGGAGAAGGUAGUAGUAGGUUGGAGAAAUAAUGCGUGGCCUGAUCAAACCAGAUCAGGUGGAAAAAGCACUGCGAAUGAUGUGAGGAAGAAAGUCAAACCAUUCGUACGAAAGAACACAGAAUUGCGAGGAAACAUCUUAUUAUACUUUUGUUGUGACAAGAAUUUGUCCAUUCUUUGUGAAAAAAUUGCACACACAUUUAAUUUGAUAAAUGAAAAGUAUUUGAGAAAUUUCAUCCUGAUAUUUAGAAAUGAGUAUGGGAAAAUAGCCAGCCAUUACAUAGGGGCUCACACAGUAGUUACCUUUUUUAAAUUAGGAUCUGACGACAUAAAAAAAAAUAUAUUAGAUGCGCUCGUAGAGAAUGAUAUUACUGUGUAUAAUAGUUAUAUAAAGAAUUUCAUGAAGCUUAAGGAGUAUAAGAAAACCAAGACCAUAAGUACGAAUAGUAAGAAGUACCUCAAGGCCAAAGAAAUGUUCAAAGAUAUCUUGACAACGUCAAAGGAAAGGGAUGAAAGGGAGGAAGAGGAGAAAGUUGUAGGUAAGGUGAAAAGCGUCCAAACUGUAGAGUCGCACACGCGAGAUAGCGAAAACGAGGAGGCAGCAGAAGAAGAGAUCGAAGAGGAAGAGAAGGAAGAGAAGGAAGUGAACGAGGAGGAAGAGAAGGAAGAGAAGGAAGUGAACGAGGAGGAAGAGAAGGAAGAGGAAGAGAAGGAAGAGGAAGAGAUCGAAGAGGAAGAGGAAGUGAACGAAGAAGAGAAGGAAGAAGAGAACGAAAAGAAGGAGGAUCCGGAGGAUAUGGAAGACGAGGGAGGUUUCCAUGAGGACUAUAAAGUAGCCAGUUCAGAUGAGACUCGCAGCGCUGAUUGGUUAGGGAAAGAAAAUUUUCACCAAGAUGGGGAAGGACAAAAUGAUAGUAAAGACAGUCGAGUUGGAGAUGAGGGUUACAUGAAUUUAAUAACAGAUUUCAUAAAAAAUUCAAAAAAGAAAAAUCGUAAAAGGAAGAAGGAAAAGGAGAAAAUAGAUCAUGUAUUAGGGAAAAUUGCUAAGUACUCCUAA